AAGGGUCUGGUUUUCCAGAGGUGCAGUGCAUGUGGCUGGUUGGCUUCAAGGGGAGUAUAGGGUGCUGAUGCUGGGUGCCCACAGCUCCCUUGAGUUAGAGGCACUGAGCCCUCCUGCAAACUGAGUGCAGGGGCGAAGGGAACAUGUGGGAAGCAAAUCUCCACGUUUCCUGGUUUACAGAAAUGAGGAAGCAAGGCUUUCUGAGAGGAGGAACAGCUGUUUGUUUUGGAUUCCAUUCUGGUCACUAGCAGGGGUGGGGAACUGCUCAGGUUUAGUGUGAGGAUGUGUCUGAGGGAUCCUGUUAUGCACUUAGAUUUGAGACGCUUUGUCCUCUGAGCAGCAGCACAGAACUCGUCUUUCCUCCGCUAGGUCCCCCGUCUGGGGCCGGGUACAAAUGAGGAAUCCCUAGAAAACUGCUUCUCACUGACGUUUUACUCUCUCUCCUCCCCUUUCCCCUCCCCCAGCAAGAGUAAAUCAAACCCGGACAGCCCACGCUCUGCUCUGUUCCUUUGCAGAGUCAGUAGGAGGAAUGUGACCUGGCAGUAGUGUAAUCAGCCAUGCAGUAGCUGCUGUGCCAUGGGGGGGACCUAUCUGAUGAACUCCCCCAUGGGUGAGUGAUGGCUCGAGAUAAGCCUACACUCAAGUGCAACACCCACCCUCCCCCCAUCAUCUAGCUCCUGCGGCAAGGCCCUGAAUCGCACAGAGCGCUCACAGGGAGCAGAAACACACAGAGCAUUUGCUUAAAAACCUAAACAACUGUAUUUUCUUAAGCUGCUUUGCUGAUACCUGCCUCCUCCCUCGAACAGAAAAGGAUCAGUCAGACUUUAUCCUGGGUACUGGUGCGGGGAUUGUUUGGCCUUCCGGAGGGGCUUAAUCUGCUUGGAAUGGAGGGUGGGGUGGGUGUUUGCUCCCGUCUCCAGCGCAGGGGAUGUGCCUGCACAUACAGGCCCAAUUGUGGCUCUAUGGUGGCACCUCACGAGCAGUCUCUUAUUGUCACUGACUAGCCCAUAUUUUUGAGCUGCAGGCAUGCCUGAUGUCAAAGUGUGAGCCCUGUGCUUACAGCCUGUUCUGUGGUCGCACAUGCUUAAUACUCACUGGGGUAUUGCCUGCCGGAGAUGCAAAACUACACACCCAAGAGGUUCGCCUUUCUCCCCCUCCUGAGUCACUCUGGAGACGAGCCCCAUCAAUCUUGCAGCUGUUGCAGUGGGGAUGCCUGUGUGGUCCAUUGCUGAGCCUUUGUCUCUGGGGAGCAGCUUUUUAUCUCUGCAGCUCUUCAGGCUGCUUAUCGGCUGCAUGGUAGCCAGGACCUCCUCUGUCUUCUCCUGCCCGGUUCGCAGGCUCUGGUGGGGAGUUCAUACUGUGGAAUGGCAGGAUAAUUCCCGCUCUAUGUGGGAGUUCCCUGCUGAACGAUGUGUUUAGAGCUGGCAGGGGAAGCCAGUAGCUGUGUGCUAAGAUCUCUCUUUAGUCAGCAGAAGGCCCCUGGUGGCAUGUUUGGCUGGGUAUAGAGGCCAAGGCCUGCCCUGCUACAAAGGCACAGCUCCCACUGGCUUCUCCAGGGGAAGCACCUGUGGGACUGAGGACAGAACUGGGCCCUGCUUAAACUAGAGUGUUUGUCUUGUGAUAAGAACAGGAGAGAAGGGAGCCAGGACUCCUGGGUUCUCCCCAACUCGGGGAGGGGAGUGGGAUCUAGUGGGUUAGAAUGAGGGGCUGGGAGCCCGGACUCCUGGGUUCUGUUCCCAUUUCUGUCACUGACUUGCUGCACCUCCUUGGAUAAGUCCUUCCCUCUCCUGGCUCAAUAGAGAAGUGUCUUCGGUCUGCGUCUUCGGUCUGCAUCUUACGCUGGGUCACGUGGUAUGUUCUGCUGGGCAGAGUGCCUUGGGGGGAACCCACGUGCCAGGCUGAUGGAUCCCUUCUUGUGUGAGCAAAGCAGUGUAGCCUGGCCCAUGAGAGAGAGCCCCACCAGAGAGUAGGGGGCAGGCCCCGGCGAGAUGUCUCUGUGCCAGUGUGCGGGGAAGCACAGCGACUCAGACAUGGAGGGCUGCUGCUUCUCGGCGGGUGGCGGCCUGAAGGUGUACCUGCACUGGAGCGGUGAGAAGGAGGAGCGGUGCCAGACCUACACGCAGGGGGUGCUGAGCGCAGAGGAGAUCUGCAUCGACAUUGCCCAGAAAAUCGGGAUCACGCCGCUCUGCUACAGCCUCUUCGCACUCUGUGAUGUGCAGGCCAGAGUCUGGCUCCCUCCCAACCAUGUGUUUGAAAUCAGCAAAGACACCAACCUGAAUCUGCUCUUCCGCAUGAGGUACUACUUCCGCAACUGGCAUGCGAUGAGCGACAAAGAGCCGGUCGUUUACCGCAACGUUCCUCGGCAGAGCGAUGCCCUCGAGGACAAGCUGCAGGGCGGUGCGCUUCUGGACAAGUCGUCCUUCGAGUAUCUCUUUGAGCAGGGGAAAUACGAGUUCAUUAAUGAUGUUGUGUCUCUGAAAGACCUUCAGAGCGAGCAGGAGAUCCACCGGUUUAAGAACGAGAGCUUAGGCAUGGCUGUCCUUCACCUCUCUCACAUGGCUCUCAAACGAGGUGUCUCUCUCGAAGAAGUGGCCAAAAAAAACAGCUUCAAGGGCUGCAUUCCGCGCUCCUUCUGCCGGCAGAUCCAGCAGAACAACUACCUGACCAAGUUCCGCAUGAGGAACGUCUUCAGGAAGUUCGUGCAGCGCUUCCAGCGGCACACAGUCAGUGCUGGGAAGCUGACGGAGCAGGACGUCAUGUACAAGUACCUGGCCACCUUGGAGAACCUGGCCCCCCGCUUCGGGAGCGAGCUCUUCCCGGUCCUUUCCUUGGAGACGGCCUCCGAGGGCGAGAAGGUGCUGCUCUAUGUCAAUGGAGGGCAUGCACAGCUGGAGGACGGCUGUGCGUCGUCUCCCAGGGACAGGCCCACCACCCAUGAAGUCCUGGUCACCGGCACAGAUGGGAUUCAGUGGCGGACUGUCCCUGUUGAGAGUGCAGAAAGCCUCCCCCACCGGGGCUAUUUUGGGAGGAAGACUAGGGGUAAAGAGCUGGACCCCAAAGGGCCCUGUCAGCCAGUGGAGAGGAGCGAGGCCAAGUGGGUGCGCUUCUGUGACUUCCAGGAGAUCACGCACAUUGCCCUCGAGGACUGCAAAGUCAGCAUCAACCGCCAAGACAACAAGUGCCUGGAGCUGGUUCUCCCAUCAUAUGAAAUGGCCCUGUCCCUGGUGUCGCUGGUGGACGGCUACUUCAGACUCACAGCCGACUCCAGCCACUACCUGUGCCACGAGGUAGCCCCGCCACGGCUGGUGAUGAGCGUCCUGAACGGCAUCCAUGGGCCAAUGCAGGAGGAGUUUGUCUUCGCCAAGCUGAAGCGGGAGGAGCAGGAUGGGCUGUACAUCAUCCGCUGGAGCAUCCUCGACUUCAACAGGCUGAUCCUGUCGGUGGUGAAGAGGGACCGAGGGCAGGCCACCCCCAAGUACAGGCAGUUCCGGAUCCAGAAGAGAGGCAGCUCCUUCAUGCUGGAGGGCUGGGAGCGGGAGUUCUCCACCGUACGGGAGCUGAUGGACAUUCUCAAAGGCUGCACGCUCAAGUCGGGGGAUGAGAGCUUCGCGGUGAGGAGGUGCUGCCCGCCGAAGCCGGGAGAGAUUUCAGACCUGAUCAUCGCCCGGAGGGUGAAGGACAGCACCAGGCAGAUCCUGAACCUGACCCAGCUCAGCUUCCACCAGAUCCGGAAAAAUGAGAUCACCCAGAGAGCUCACCUUGGCCAGGGCACCCGUACCAACAUCUACGAGGGCGUGCUGCAUGUUUGCGGGGGUGCUGGCGGGGACGACGAGGCCGAGUACUUCUCCACCGAGCAGAACAACAACAGUCGGGAGAUGCACGUGGUACUCAAGGUGCUGGACCCCAGCCACAGGGACAUCGCCCUGGCGUUCUUUGAGACGGCCAGCCUCAUGAGCCAGGUCUCGCACAUCCACCUGGCCUUCGUGCACGGUGUCUGCGUGCGAGGCUCCGAGAAUAUCAUGGUGGAGGAGUACAUCGAGCACGGCCCCCUGGAUGUCUUGCUGCGGAAGGAGAAAGGGCGGGUGACCGUCGGCUGGAAGAUCACGGUCGCGAAGCAGCUGGCCAGUGCCCUGAGCUACUUGGAGGACAAAAACCUGGUGCAUGGCAACGUGUGUGCCAAGAACAUCCUGCUGGCCAGGAAGGGGUUGGAGGAUGGGUUGCUGCCUUUCGUGAAGCUCAGCGACCCUGGGGUCAGCUUCACGGUGCUCUCCCGAGAAGAGCGAGUGGACCGGAUCCCCUGGAUCGCCCCCGAGUGUGUCCAGGAUGUCGGCAGCCUCAGCACCGCAGCCGACAAAUGGAGCUUUGGCACCACCCUGCUGGAGAUCUGCUUUGAUGCGGACGUCCCGCUGAAGGAGCGCACCCCCUCUGAGAAAGAGCGCUUCUAUGAGAAGAAGCACCGCCUGCCCGAGCCGUCCUGCAAGGAGCUGGCCGCCCUGAUCAGCCAGUGCCUGACCUACGCCCCCAGUGAGCGGCCCUCUUUCCGGACCAUCCUGCGGGACCUCACCCAGCUGCAGCCGCACAACCUCGUCGAUGUCACUUCCAUGAGCCCUGACUUUCCCGUGUCGGACCCCACGGUCUUUCAGAAACGCUACCUGAAGAAGAUCCGAGAACUGGGGGAGGGUCACUUCGGCAAAGUGAGCCUGUACUGCUAUGACCCCACCAACGACGGCACCGGGGAGAUGGUGGCUGUGAAGUCACUGAAGUCUGGCUGCAGCCAGCAGCUCCUCACCAGCUGGAAGAGGGAGAUCGAGAUCCUCAAGACGCUCUACCACGAAAACAUUGUCAAGUACAAGGGCUGCUGCAGUGAGCAAGGGGAGAAGAUUGUGCAGCUCAUCAUGGAGUACGUGCCCCUGGGCAGCCUGCGGGAUUACCUGCCCAAGCACAACGUCAGCCUGGCCCACAUCCUCCUCUUUGCCCAGCAAAUCUGCGAGGGCAUGGCUUACCUGCACUCCCUGCACUACAUCCACAGGGACCUGGCUGCUAGGAACGUGCUGCUGGAGAACGAGAAUGUGGUGAAGAUCGGGGAUUUCGGACUGGCGAAAGCCAUCCCCGAAGGGCACGAAUAUUACCGCGUCUGCGAGGACGGAGACAGCCCUGUCUUCUGGUACGCUAUGGAGUGCCUGAAGGAGUGCAAGUUCUAUUACGCCUCCGACGUCUGGUCCUUCGGCGUCACUCUCUACGAGCUCCUGACACACUGUGACUCCAGCCAGAGCCCCCCCGUGAAAUUCAUCGAGAUGAUUGGCGCGACUCAGGGUCAGAUGACAGUGCUGAGGCUGAUCGAGCUGCUGGACAGGGGGAAGAGGCUCCCGAGCCCGAAGGACUGUCCUUGUGAGAUCUACUGCUUAAUGAAAAACUGCUGGGAAUCCGAAGCUUCCUUCCGUCCAGCGUUUAAGAACCUCGUCCCCAUCCUGAAGAACUUCCAUGAGAAAUACAAGGCUCAGGCCCCCUCGGUCUUCAGCGUGUGUUGAGCAGGAUGCUUGGGAACUUGCUCGGGGAAGGACCACGGUUGCCUUCAGCUGGAAACCCUCUGGUGGAGAGGCCACUUUGAAGUGCUGGAGAGGGUUGGGACUUCACCACUUGCUGCCUCGGUGCUGCUGCUGCACGGAACUGUCCUACUCGAUCCACUUUUCCACCGUGUGCCUUGGAGUCCAGGGAGCCCUCCAUGUAAGGAGAGAGGGCUGGCGAAGCUUCUGUUGCCACUUCUGCUUUGGCCUGGAUUCGUAAGGCUCUCCAGUCAGGGGGAUUUUAAUCCCGGAAAGUGGUUUUCCCUCUAGGCAAUGCAGCCAGAGGAAGCUGUGGGGCUGUCUAGCAACCAGGCACAUCUCAUCAAACCUCUUGGCUUGUGUCAGCGCUGUGCAGCCAGAGCGCUGUGCGUGUUGAAAGAGGCGGACGUGUGAAGAAGCCUCCUUGGAGCCUAACAUGCCGCAUCCCAGGCUGCUGUCAGGAACUCCUAACACCUUUGCAGGGAGCUGUGGGGCAGAGGCUGGAGCUUGAGGGAUGGGUACUUCUGUGGGUAUAGGCCUGAAUUUAGCCCUGUAACGCUGCAUCUGGGGCAAGGGGAAGCAGGGGGUGCAUGGGUAAGGCAGCUGCCGAGUGAGGGCUCAAAGCAUUAUUAAAAAGGAUACACUGGGCCUGCGCCUGCUUCCUCCUCCAGCCAGACAGGGGCUCCCAGCCUGCCCUGCUCUAUGGUGCUUUUGCAGCUGGGGGAACGGGCCUCUCUUGGGCGUGUCCCCCACCUGUUCUUCACUGAUGCUUUGGUCUUUGAGCUGGGGAAGCUCUGGCCCAUCCUCCAGCUUCUUGGGAUCUUGCCUGGUUUGUACCAUAAAGCACCACAGUGCCUGCUUCUACUGGCAACUCCCAAGCACCAGCAGAGGUGCUCUACCCCCAGGACAGCAGCUGGCUUCCUCUGUAACCCCCUGUGCAGCUGCCUAUGCUCCCAUCGCUCCUUGAGCAGAGGGACGUUCCCCCUUGAAAGGCCCCUGCGGGCUGGGGACAGGUGCAGGCUGACUGAGGGGGCUGCCCUCUCCACAUUGCCUGCUGGGCCUGGCUUUCUCCAGCACAGACCCUGCUCGCUCCCCAGCGGCUGACCAGGGCCUCUGCUGGUCCUGCAGUCAGAGGCCUUUUCUUUGCUCUGGGGCAGCCCUUCGAUGCACUCCUGCAGCCUUGGUUGCUGCCCAGGGGGCAACAAGGGGAGCUCCUGUGCCCCACUGGAAGGGCUGUUUGGGGCCCAGAGGGAGCAUGUGUUGGCUACUGGCCCCAUUCACGGGAAACCUCCCUGAACAGGCUGCAGCUGCCCCAGCCUGUCCGUCCAUGUCUCUCGAAUACCUUGGUGAGACACGUCGUCCUGUGCCCCCCAUGGCUGUCUGCUCCAAGGGGAUGUACCGAGGCUGUUCCCUCAGCUGCCGCUAUCCACGUGCCAGACAAAGGUUUUUCUCGCCUCUCCUCUCCCGCAGCCAAGCACUGUAAAUUAGAUCAUGUGGUUGGGGGUGGGGGCUGGAGCCUGCUGGCCUUAAACCAAAUCCGGAUCACAAGAGAAGAACUGCCUUUAUCUGCUCAUCAAAUCAUAGCCCCACCCUGUCUUCUGGCCACCUAAUGCCAGUGUUUCCAGACUAGUCCUGAAAAAGCCAGUUAGCCCUUAGCCCUGGUUGUGGGGCCACGUCUAGAGAAGCAGGGCAAACAACAUCCAGUCGAAUGCCCUCUUCCUCAGCAACAGGGACUGCUGCUGUCGUGCGUGUGCUCGUCUUGAGGUCUUAGAUUCAUUCUCCACGCGUUGCAGAGACGGCUGCAUUGCCACCUCCGGUUAUGUUACACAACCCGGUGGAGGGACAGCUCAGGCCCUGAAUGAACAAGGCCUUGGAUCCGUGCGCUGCCAACAUCCACUCAGCCAGCCUGCCUGCAGCCUUUCGUGUUAGUUGCUCACUGUCUCAGCUAAAUGCCUGGAAUGUAUUUUGCGAAGGGAAUGGGUGUGGGCUGUACCCAGCCCAGCGGACUCUGCAGAACAUUUGGGGUCUGGUUCUCUCUUCCCACCAGGAAUGAUCACCCGUUUUGAGCAAGUGAACAUUUGUGGCACUUUAUUACUAAUGAAACGUUAGCAGUUGGGUGUCUUAGUUGUUCGUUCUUUCAGAUGUGAUUCUUGGAGUCCCCUAGCCCUCAAUCUCUUGUAGCCACAGGCUAGAGAGCAGGUGCUAUUGCCUGGUGCCUAGCCCCAGAGCCGAACUGAUUUCAGUAAGGUCAAGGAGCCAAAGUCAAUAUGUUGCCUGCACCAAUGGAAAUAAAGUCACUCAAGCGCCAAUCCCGCUGACCCUGAGGUGUUCGCAGUCCAGGAAGGACUCUGGCAUUGGAGCAGCCAGAGCUGCUCCCACUUCCUGCCCUGCCAGCUGGGCUGCAGCUGGGAGGGACACCCACAGCUCCAAGGGUGCAUGGCUGUACGUCAGAGCUGCUCCCAUGGUCUCGCAUAGUAAUGGAGCCAAUGCUUCAGUUUAAAAAUCACAGGACCCCGGCCAGGGAAUGCACUUCCAAUUCCUAAUCAAAGACGUGUUUUCUUAACACAGCGAGGGCUACGGAUUGGACACCCCUGGCCAGCUACUGCAUUGAACAGCUGUGGUCCCCUGACCUCUCUUCUAGGAGGCUGCUACAUGAGGAAAUCUUCCUUCAGUAUUUGUAACUUACCCCUAGUCUUGCCUUUGUAUCUUUCCACUGUAUUUCCACAUACACAGCUCUUCCCCUGACCAGUCUCCAGAGGCUUUUUUCACUACUGGCCUGGACAACUGGUGAGGAAUCUUCUAAUGUGAGCAAUGUGUUGGUUUGGCUCCAAGGAAACACAAGGCUUGGUGAGUGAGAGAGAGAGAGAGAGAGAGAGUGUGUGUGUGUGUGUAUAUAAACGUGCAAUGUUUUUGUAAAGGAAGGAGGAUCAUUUUGUCUGAGUUAGCAAGGGGCACUCUUUCUAGAGGGAGGCCUUGGAUUGAUUGAUCCUAAAAUCACGCUGUUAAACUGUAUAAUAGUUGAUUUCCCUGCCCUGUAUUUAUUGUCGUCUGCUCUGUAAAUGUCACUGAAAUAACCUCUGCAGUGAGCCACGUGCCUGAAGUGUGGAGCAAUGCUGCUGGUCUCGUGGGGCCAUCCUGCACCAUGGUCUGCGUGUCGACCUUUACCCAAAAAGGACUUCAGCAAUGUGCCUUGCGUCUUGCCGUUGUGCUGGAGCUGUGACUCCCUCUCUCCCCGGGGAAGCAUGGGUGAUUGAACAAGCUGCAGCUUCCUUGCUUCUAGCCAAAGCGCCUGUGUGUACAGAGACUUUUUUGCUAUUGGACAGCGGGAGAUGAUUAUCUAAUGUGAAUGUCACUGGUCUCAGUGCUAAUCUACUACUGGCUAGUAUAACCUGUAGCUGGUAACAUCCCUGAACCUUUCUUCAAAUAAAUUCCUCUGUAAAGUA